AUGAUCAAUGUACCAAACACAACGCCCCUCAAAGUGGCGGGAAACAUUACACCGCUAAGCACUCGCAACAACACGUCGCGUCCAGACGGCUAUUUCUAUUUUGGAGACCAUGACUCACGAAACGUAGGCUCGGAAAAUAUCAUCACGCCUAUGGAGGUCAAGAAUAAAGAUGAUCCACAAAACCGGACCGAUCAUUUUGUCAAAGUCGUGUGGUCCAUGCAUCAAGUCAUGCGUAACGACCCUUGUCGAAGGUAUGUACAUGGGCUGACUUGCGAGGGCACAACAGCAAGGCUGUGGUUCAACGACCGAUGCGAUAUAGUCGCGUCUGACGAGUUUGACGUGAACAAAGACUGGAGGUCACCUAUUAUUAUUAUGCUGUCGACUCUGUUGGCUACUCCUUCUGAGAUUGGCUACGACCCAACCAUCCUCAAAGUCGCUCCAUCCCCGGGUUCCACCAAUCAGGAUCGGGAACCGUACUAUGAUAUCACGAUACACAGCCCGGACGCUGGAGAACUUACUAUGUAUCGAACGACUCGGGUUAUAUCCGAUGUUGGGGUUGAUGGGCAAGGUCGGCCGCGGAACUCGAGUAUGGGAGGUCAAAAAGCUGGCGAACAACGAACCGACUGGCCCGUUACGAUUCGAGGAGAACAGGAAGCAUACGCCGAGCAUUUUCUGACCCCUUUGGACUAUGGCUUUGUUCCACCAAAUCCCGAGAUACCUGCCCUUCCCGACAGCACUGACAAAACUCUGGGUAGCGAAAAGCCCUUUGAUCCUACUGGAGUAGUUCUCAAUCUGCAUCCUGAAUCAUUCGUUAUCACCAUGCUCCGUUCAAUAACCUCCACCCCGAGGGAUAGUGUCGAAAAGCCUGAUGAUGUUCCAGGCCCACCUCAACCAAGGUUUUGCGCCUUUGGCUGUCUGAGCAAGCGGCCUCGCCAGUAUUGUCGGAUUGUGUUCAGGGAGAUCGGCACUCCAGUACACAACCUACGCAUUUUUGCUGAUACGUUUAUUGCAAUCCAAGGAGGUAUGAAAGGACUUCAUGCGAUGCACCUUAGCAACCACGUUCAUCGCGACGUAAGCUCAGAGAACAUCCUACUGGUGCCGGCUUCAGGAAGAAUAAAGAGACAGGGCGUGAUUAUGGACCUGGAGUAUGCGAAGAGGAUUAGAGAUGCGAGAGUACCCCACGAUGUGAAGACAGGCGCAGCUGCGUUCAUGGCUACCAAGGUUGCAGCAAUGGAACACCAUCGAUUAGAUCCAAUCCGGGAAGCUAACAGACGCGCUCGCGUGCGAGAAGCUAAAUCCCGAAAUCAGUCUCUUCGAAUAUCCAAAGCAGCAGCCCUAGAAACAACCCCAUGA